AUGCACCAUGACAACCACGUUAAGCCUGGCUUAAUUAAUCGCUACCCUCCGAAGAGAGGACCAUUCUUCAGCAUGGGACAUCACAGGAAAACAACUUCGGCCCCGCCCCAGCAGCUGCUGAUGCCGUUGCGGACGUCCAAGCAGGUAUUUAUCACGAGGCCUGCAAUAACGUCGCCUGCUCUCGCACCUGGUGACAGCAUCGUCUGGAAUGUACCGGAAGUGGUCUCCAAGGUGGCAUUUACUCCGUACAAGACACUUCCUUCGAUUCGAAGCAGCAGCAGCAGCAGUAGAGAUGUUGCAUCACGAGCAGAAGCAAGCGGUGUUGGUCAGUCAUGCGGCACUCAAAGUCAACCCAAUAAAGACUUCUUCGUCAGGAGCUGCUGUGAACUUCAGCAUUAUGACGACAGUGGUGCUGGCUACAAACCAAUUCGGAGCUGCGACAAUCAGCUUACGGGAAGAGAACUUCAGCGUCGGAACACUUUUGAUAUAAUAGAACCGAAUUACGGCUUGCAACGGCCAUCUUCUACUACAGCUGCAUCUGUGACCUGUGGGGAAGGCGGGAACUCGCAAAUGGCCGCGCUCGCUUCCGCUGCCCCAUCAGUCCGCCUUCUCCAACGGUCGUGGAUGGGUCGGGUUCAAGGCCCCGUGGUGCAUGAGCUUGACGGUCAAGUGCUGAAUCGGCAACCGCGCAAAUCUGAUUUUCGCGGCACUGUGGGCAAUGACCAAUGUGAACGCCGCUUUAUGCCAUCGCUUGCGGAGCCGUUUGGGUGCAGUGUGAUUUCCUGCACUGCUUCGUCCGUCCGUCCACAAUAACGUGCGGUUUCUGUACCAGUAUUCAACUUAUGUGUGUGUAUGCACAUGUGCGGGACUGAAUGGUCCACCUGCUAAAUGAAGAAGUCUUCAUUGACGGGAAUGACAAAGUGCUCUUCAUUCGGGAAGGUCACACGCUCUCAAGCGAUAGGAUUCCUUGACUAAGAGAUGCUCAGGAGACGCUUGAGGGUCAUCAGACCAUGGAUACUGGUUCCCUUGGCAGCAGCAAGUCUUACAUUUAUCAUUUUCGCCACCCUGUGGAUUUCCCAACCAUCUGACGACUUUUUCGGACGGGAUUCCUCUCAGGCUCUGCGAUACGGGGCCAAUAAGUAAGUCGAUACGAUUUUUUGUGAUGCGUGGAAUCUUCUUCGUUCUAUUUCUCGGUAAGCGUAUUUAAAUAUUCUUUAUUAUAUAGUACUUUCUACGGUAUUUGCUCGAGUACCACGCGCCCUCGAGUACCGAGUUUUCUGGUCCUAGAAUUUGGAUAAAAUACACAGUGACCGAAAAUUGGCAACAUUUUGAAAAUAAAGCACGGAAGAUUCAAAAAUUUGACUCCAAUGGAGCACAACUU